UUCCCUGUUCAGACAAACCUUCCCAAAUUAACCUUCGGAGUUGAUUCAGACAAAACCUUUCAAACACUUCACAUACGGCUGCGCAUAAUAGGUUUGUCUCUAGAAAGUGUACGAAAUAUAUAUCAGAAAAGCCGUACGUACAUGUUGAAUACUGUUUUGGCCAUGUGGUGGGAUGCUAGAGCAACUCUCACUGCUUUAAUCUCUAUAUUUGCUGUGUUGUGGUUCCUACGGGCAGUCGUGAUGAAAUCAAGAAAGGUUGUUCCUCCACUGCCACCAGGUCCCCGUGGCUUGCCAGUUGUCGGCUACCUUCCCUUUCUUGGUACCGAGCUUCAUAGGAAAUUUGAGGAACUGGCCAUGGCCUAUGGUCCUAUCUACAAGGUAUGGCUUGGCCAAAAGUUGUGUGUGGUGGUCAGUUCCCCAUCACUGGUGAAACAAGUGGUUCGCGACCAAGACACAGUAUUCGCUAACCGUGACCCUCCCAUAGCUACUCUACCCGCCACAUAUGGGGGAAAUGAUAUUGCAUUUGCAUCAUAUGGUCAUGAUUGGAGGAAGUUGCGCAAGAUAUUUGUACGAGAGGUGCUAAGUAAUGCAAAUCUUGAUAGUUCUCACAUUCUACGCAGAGAAGAGGUUAACAAAUGUAUUAGAAAUGUCUAUGACAAAAUUGGGACCCCCAUCGACGUUGGGGAAUUGGCAUUUUUGACGGUGAUGAACGCGACCAUGAGCAUGUUGUGGGGCAGCACGCUACGAGGAGAGGAAGGGGCUACUGUUGGGGCUCAGUUUAAGAGUAUGCUGGUGGAACUAAUGGUGCUAUUUGCAAAACCAAAUGUUUCUGACUUUUUCCCAUUCCUUGCAAGGUUUGAUUUGCAAGGGAUUGAGAGGCAAUCAAAGAGGAUUUCUCAGUGGAUUGAACGCAUUCUUGACUCUGCCAUUGAAAAACGGAUGGAUAUGGCCAAGGAGAAAGAAGGGGGAAAAGGAAGGAUUGAAGAAAAAAAGGACUUUUUGCAAAUUCUCUUGGAGAUAAAGGAUCAAGGUGAUGCUGCAACAUCGAUAAGCAUGAACCAACUCAAGGCCUUGCUUAUGGAUGUAGUAGUGGGUGGAUCGGACACCACAAUAACGAUGGUGGAAUGGGUGAUGGCGGAGCUGAUGCAACAUCCAGAGGCAAUGAGAAAAGUGAAUGAAGAAUUAACAGAAAUCGUUGGGGUGGAUAGCUUAGUGGAAAAUUCGCAUUUGCCCAAAUUACACUAUCUAGAUGCUGUCAUCAAAGAAACGUUCCGUUUGCACCCAGCACUCCCUCUCCUAGUAACCCGUUGUCCAAGCCAAUCUACCAACAUUGGAGGCUACUGCGUACCCAAAGGGACUAGGGUUUUCUUGAAUGUUUGGGCUAUACAUAGGGACCCAAAGAUCUGGAAAAACCCAUUAGAAUUUCAACCAGAAAGGUUCCUAAUAAGUGAUCCUACCAAAUUGGAUUAUUCAGGAAACAAUUUUAAUUAUAUUCCGUUUGGAUCCGGGAGAAGAAUAUGUGCAGGGCUUCCACUAGCAGAAAGGUCUCUAAUGUACGUCGUAGCUUCGUUUCUGCACUCGUAUGAGUGGAAGUUGCCACAGGGCACAGAGCUGGAUCUUUCAGACAAAUUUGGUAUUGUUACCAAGAAAAUGAAGCCAAUGGUUGCAAUUCCAACGCCAAGGUUAUCUAAAUUCGAGCUCUACACUGAAUAAUAGAAAGUGAGAAAUUAAUAGAGGUAGCUGCACCGCUUCUGCUUGGUUCGGCAUUCAUUUGUCAACCAGUACACAUAUGGAGCUUUAUAUAUAUAUAUAUACAAAAAUAUUGUAACAUCUUUUAUUUCUUCUCGUCCAAAUAAUGUUGAGAUGCUUUUCAAAUAAAUUUUUAUUGCCUUUGACCACAGGUGGUAAUACAUUCAUUUGAUUUGAAAUUUAUGUUAAUUAGAAAUAAAAAGAGUAAUCUUAAUUAAUUUUUGCA